GUUUUCAAGGUCAAUAAGAGAGAGACAGUUCUCAAGGAAAUCACUUUGGGAUUUUUGUACUAAGCUCACUGUGUUUAUUAUGCACAUGGCCUUGUAUUAGUUCCUUUAGGACAGCAGGGGGAAUGGACAUCUAUUUAUUUGCUUAGUUUUCAGCUCUUUUCGAGACUCCCGAUGUUCCGAACCAGAGGCAUGGUUACUGGGUGAUAUUCAGCAUGAGUAGAGCCCUCACAGUUGAGCAGAUCACUUCCAUGGUAUCGGGUGACUCAUUGUCUGUUCCAGAGAGGGGUAAUUAAACCUGGAUUUUAAAUUUCUGUUUCUCUUCUUCACUCUUAGACCGUGGGCAGCUCUUAACUUUUACCUUUAUUCUUUAGCUGUUGAAAAGGGAGUGUCCUACCUGCCUCGUAAGGUGACUGGUGGGGUCAGAGGAGAUGUGGUGCUCUGUGUUUUCACCUUCGGAAAACAUCCAGUCCUGCAGUGCCUGAAAUGUGGUGACAUUGGCUUUUUUAUCCAAAGAUGUGUCACCAUUUAAAAUCCACUUUGCAAGCCAGAGGUUGGGCUGGGUAAAGUAUGUUUGUACACCGCCUCCCCUGAACUUGGCCUCGUUUUGGUGACGGAGCUGGCGGGUGUGUCUUCUCUAAGUUGUCGGGUUUUCGUUUCUGACGACUGUGCCCAUCUGCUUCUCCUGGGACUUUGUGUCACCAGGAAGAGAAACUCCUAGGUUAGUCUAAGCAAAAGUCCGUGAGCAGAAAUGAAUGAAUAAACGAAGGCGUUACUCCAGGGGUCUGGAGUGUGGACUCACACCCAGUGGCUUGAGAAACGGGCGGGAGUCUCUCUUGGGAGAGACUCGGGGUGGCCGACGGAAAACUUGCAGGAACCGAAGGGGCCGCUGUAUUUCAUCACGUCUGAGGAGGUGGUGAGCACGGGGACGCGUCACCACGUCGGUGGUGGAAUGUGCCAGAGGGGGCCCUGCCUGGCGUGUGGAUGCGCGAAGCGACAGCGUCCGCCCCCUGUUGUGUUGAUGCCUCGCUGCUUCCUUCCUGGCAUCUGGGUCUGCCAGUGUCUCUUUCCUUCACUUGGAUCAUUUGGUGUAACGGGCAGUCUCCUUGCACCUGUUUCCAGAGAAGACGCAGCCAAACUCCGAGUGUCGGCUCCACCACGGAUUAGCUGUGUGGUCGCAGGUGAAACCUCUCUGAGCCUCGGUUUCCCCGUGAGAGCACACGCAGGCAACACGCGGGACUUGUGAGCCGGAGGAGAGCCACGGCCCAGUGGUCUAAGAGGGCAGCCGUUGAUGCGCGUGUUUCAGAUGGAAGAGACUUCAUUUUGGGGCCACAAGGGGGAGGAGUUAGCGAGACGAUUGAAACAUGACUGGAAAGAGGAGGGACUUUGUGAAGGAGGGCACCUGAGGAUGUGGGCGGGGGUGGCAGGUGUGGGGACAGAAGGUGCCAGGAAGGUGCCAGAGAGCGGCUGGGGAGGUGCGAGGAGCCCUGUGGAACCAGGUGGGGCCAGGCUGGCACUGGAGCUGGAGGUGGUGAGUGAGCUGUGGGCCCUCCUGCGGGAAGGGAGACACGGAGAGGACUGUGUUGUUGCAGUUGAUAAAAAUGGUGAUGUAUGCAUCUCCAUUCUUCAUGAGCCCGGCGAGGACAAAUACGGGUACGAAAAGCCAGAGGAACGCUGGCUCCCUAUUCACACUGUGGAAACCAUCAUGAUUAGUGUCAUUUCCAUGCUGGCAGACCCGAACGGAGACUCCCCUGCUAACGUGGAUGCUGCGGGUCUCCAACUGAGAAACACGGCACUGUUUCCCUGCACUCUACCCACCUAUCGCUGGACUUCUGUCGUAACAAGUUGGCAGACACUGGCUGGAAGUGGGCUGCGAUAGAACAUGCCAGUAUCAGUGCUGACACAAGAGCCUAACAAGUGCCAACUUACAGAUGAUUACGCAUUUUGAAUUCUAAUGAACUGUUUUAACCUUCAGGAAGAAUUGUAAAGACCUGUACAUAGCACAACAUGAUCCGGAUAAUAUAUAUACUAUUCAUGUACAUCCACAGAUACACCUUGUACCAAAUAAUGCUUUCUUGUAGUAGAAUAAGAAUCGUGUAAAUUCUAAAAGAUUUUAGCAGGUUUUCUUUCCCUAUUCAUUGUUUCUUAUCAGUUUUAAAAGACUCCUUAAAGCAUGUCAGAUGAAAAACAAUUAGGAUUACAAGUUUCCAUUUAAUUUCCUUUAAACCAUUGAGGCUUCAUUAAACUCUUUUCACUUACUAAACUUUUGUAUCUUCUUUGUUUUGACACACUCCCCUUUGCUUUUAUCUCUUCUAUCUGCCAGAAAGUUUUCAAAUCAUUUAGUUCCAAUACUGAAAUACUUAAUAAGCAACUACUUGAUUUUUAAUGAUGACUUCAGAGGAGUGGUCAUCACCAGGUGCUUUGUCCUUUUGUACCCUAGUUGUACCGUCUCUUGGGUUGGUUGUAGCAAUAACAUGUUUUGGCUGUUGAGAGCUCUUGAACUCAGUCAUUAUCCCUGAGAACUAAAAAGAGUCAGUUCAGAAUCCAACUUAACUGAAAUUUGCCCCACAUGGUGCAGAAGUCUGGUUUGGUUUUGCUUUUGCCCCCCAGUUCCCUGCCGUUAAGGUCGGGUGGAUUACGGUGUGCACUCCGCAGGCUUUCUGCGUCACUCGCGGGUUCGCGAGGACAGACGCUGUUGACCCCGUGUCCCCUUCUCCUGAGCCCUUCGUGUUUCUUUGCCUCUACUCUUCUAUACUGCAGGUUUUUUCUCACUUAUUGUACAAAGAAAUUGCGAUGUAUAUUUUCAUGUAAUUUGAUUUUGGAAUUCUGUCACCGUAUGUAGUGAGUUCUUCCAAAAUACAAUUUUUUUCCAAUAA